AUGCCGCUGGUAUCAACCCAGCAGCUCUACCAGCUCUUGGUACAGCCGAUUGUCAAAGAAACCCUCAAUCAGGGCGACACGUCCGGCAACGCGCUGGCCCCUGCUGUUAUGAGUGUUGGCUCGUUCAACGAAAUUGUCCACAAGAUCUGGGAAGCUUAUGCGCCCCGUGUGAAAACCCGAGCAGUAAAGACAGACGGCGUGUGGUCUACGGAGACGCCCGAAGCUGCUGAGUGGGCCAAGGUGAUGCAGUUUAAGCUGAAGAAGCAUGUUGUGGACCCUGCAAAAACGGAUCAAGCGAUUUUAGUGGAAUACCACACCACACUGGUCAAGCUACGUGGACAGACUGUGUCGCUUCUAAUUUAUGAGUAUGGCGUUGGCAUCGUUCGUGCGCAAGAUCUGGAUGAAUUUAAGGCCGCCUGCAUUCAUCCUGAGCAAGUUGAUCGAGCCGGAGCGACAGCUGAAGUCUCUUUGAGAGAAAUCGUAGCAAACCUUCAAGUGGUAUGGGCUGCUACGUUCCAAGGUGAAGCUGUAGUCUGGCGGAUGUGGGGCAACCACAUUAUAAGAAAUCUCAACCGCUCCACGUGGGAAACAGCCAUCUUAGACCAUCCGCCCGCCAGUGUCGCGAGUCUACUGCGCCCCGCAGACUCGACGUUAGAAAGCCACUUAGCCAACGUUACGCAAUCAGCGAACGUGGCAUUGGACUGCGUGCAAGGAGCAUUGGAGGGUUAUCGGGUGAUUCGCCGUGACUGGGAAGCCUUGGACCGGCGCCUUGAAGAGUACGAACACUCGCAGAGCUGUGAUUGA